UGGCAGCACUGCCAUGGCAGUUACGCCGGAAUAUUAUUCGAAAUUGGCUCCACAAUUUGUUUACCCCUGUUGUUGACAAGUGCUAAAUCCAUUUUUAUAAUCAAAUGACUUUUUAAAGACCUUCAAAAGGUCCAUUGAACCCAGUGAACUAAGCCCAUCCCCACAAUGUUAAUAUACACUGUCCCUAAUACCAGUAAAGUGCACCAGGCAGUCACGAAUAACCUCCGAACAUUGGGGGUUAAGUCGAGGGUGAAGAGGUCUAGUCAGAAAUCUGACAAAAAUAAUCGAGUUAAGAAGGUCUUCGGUGUAUCCCUGGCACAACAAAAAUUCGAUGUCAUAAAAUUAUCCAGUGGUGUAUUAAUAAACGUGCCAGUAUUUUUAAAACAAUCAGUGAAUUAUCUGGAUCUUCAUCUGAACCAAGAGGGCCUCUUCAGGAAAGCUGGCUCACAGACGAGACAACGAGAGCUCGUUGCUAGAUUUGACAAUGGAAAUGAGCUCGGUGAUAAGUACAAUCCAAUUGACGUCGCCAAUUGUCUCAAGAAGUACCUGAGGGAUCUCCCAGAGCCCCUGAUACCAAAUGAAUUUCAUGACUUAUUCGUCAGAUGUGGAAUGCUCAAGUUCUGCAAGGUUGAUGCCAUUCUCCAGGCGUGUCUACUGUUGCCCAUCAAGUAUUUAAUGACUCUGGCUUUUUUGAUGGAUUUUUUUCAACGAGUCGCGAAGUACGAGGAUAUGAAUAAAAUGGGGGUCGAUAAUCUGGCUAAGGUCGUUGGCCCAAAUAUCAUGCCUGUCAGGGAGACCACUAUGGCUGCUGUGCACAAUAGAUUGAAUGCUCAUCUUGCUAUUGUUAAGAUAUUAAUUGAGAAUGCCUGCCAAAUAGGUGUUCUCCCGAAAGAAAUUAUGGAGACCGCCAUGUCGGACACCAACAGCCCAGGUACAGACCUGGAUCACUCGGGUUCCUCCUUCAAGAGUAAAAAAAAGAAGCACCGGUCUGGUAGUUUAACUCGAAUGUUCAACGGUUUAAAAAAAAUCGUUGGUAAAAAUUCCCCCGAAGACUCUAUGGCCCGUCGCUCCUUGCUUCCUUCCCAGGCUCCUCCCCUAUCCCCCUCAAAGUCUACGAAAAAACGAAAGCUAACAGAUCCUCUUCCGAAUCUCUCCACGACAUCCAAGAAAAAGCGAGAGUCAAAUCCACGAAUUUUAUUCACCUCUCCAGUAUCCGAGAACCCGAACCCAACGGAAGAAAAGCCCCAGAAAGUCGACAAGUCCAGGAGACUGGGUCUCAACCUGGACCGUUUGGUCUCCAGGAGUCGUCACAAAUUGAGCCACGAAACGGAGCUCGAGCAUUCGCCCAUAAUCGAACGUCGUUGGAGUAUGGCAGGUGGAGUCUCCAGGAACUUCAAAAAGAAGAAUCUGAAGAAAUCAAGCGUCUCAUCGCUGAUUGACACUCGAAUCAAGACCACCCUCACUGAAGGAUACGAUCAUUGUCUUAUGGAAGCUGAUGUCAACCUCUCCGACGAGAAUCCUGACCAGCCUCCACUCCCUUCAGACUCCAUCAAGUCCAAGAUCUUUCCAUCCAAUCCUGCUAAAGCCGCCGAGGAAUACGUCAAGAUCCCAAAGAAGGAGUACGAGGAAAUAAAAAAUCGAGUUUCAGCGAUUGAAACGAGAAUCGAUCAAGAAUUCGAUACAAUCGACAACUUCUGCAUGGAUUCGGCGAGCGAGGUGCAGAGCAAGUACGAGAGAACUCUAGGUGAAGCCAGCAUUGACAGCAUCACUCCUGCUGAUCAACUUGCCAGGCGUUUGGGAAAAGAAUUGAAGAUUCGAAAACCGUCUGAGGGAAAGAUCAUCAGAUCCCCCAGCGCCAGAAAGAUUGGAAACAUCAGGAGGCGAUCGCAGGAAAAGCCUGUGAGUAAACGCAGACUCUCACGUUCAGCAUCCUGGCACAUUUCGGAACGCCCAGUUCCUUUGCCUCCAUCCACAUAUCCCCAGUUCGAGAAGAACACGGCAUGCAGUGAGGAGACAAAUUCUAGAUUAGAUUUUCUUCAUCAGCAGUUGUGCACACUGAUGAGUCACACUGCCGAGCACACUAGGUCUUCCUUCAGCUACGAAGAAUCCCAAGGGCAGAUUCCGGUGUUAAAGUCACCCAGAAAUGGAGCCCUGACGCAGGUUCGUAGGGCUUCCUCGUUUCACGGUAGUGAAAUUGAACAGAACAACAGAAUUUCUUACUACAACCUUCGCAUGAGCAAUUUGAAGAAGAGUAACUCGCAAAGGCAGAUACAGAGUACCCUGCCAUCGAGCCAGAACGUAGGUAAAAAAAUGGAGUUUAUGACGGAGAAGGAUUUGUUCACAUGGAAGAACGCAAGUAUUUAUUUAGAGUCCGAGAAACAUACGGCCAAGUCUUUAUUGUUGCGCAAAAAUGGCUCCCCGAGACUGAUGCAGACGGGCAGAGAUUCGGUCGCCAAACUCAGGACGCAGAACGCUGGAAUGGUGCUGGCCAAGGCCAAACUAUUUGACGACGAAUGCAAGAGUCACCAAGAAGCGGUCGCGAAACAACGCACCUCGUCGCAGUCCAAUGUGCGGGAAAAGGUGACUCCUCCCUCGAAUAAAUCCGAGCGGAAGAAAAAGUGCAGAAGCCCGAAGAAUUAUGAGGGAAGGGUGAGAUGUGAUCAGGAAAAUUCAGUCAAUCUUAAUGGCAGCGGUGUAGCUAGUGAAGUUCCCUUGAUUUACAGGACACCACACAUUAAGAAACCAUUAUCAGUUAAAACCCCAAAGAGUGCCAGAUCGUUAGUCCGGAGGGCACCUAUCGAUAUGAAGAGGACUCCUCUGAAGGCUGUUCCCUUGGCGGGGACUCCCAAGAGACAGAGCCCUAGGAAUGCUUUCAAGACGAGGCAAAUUACCCGGACCAUUGAUAUUGAUUAGGGUGAAUUUGGAAAUUGCUUCUUGUAAAGAUCGGAUUUUAGACAUGUAUUUUAUUAUGAUUAUUUUUUUCAUCCCAAUUUCGACCAAUCAAAUGGUGGCAUUUCCCGUCACGUGGUACAAGUAAGAGAGUUUUACUUCGGAUAUUUUUCGGAUAUUUCCCUGUUUGUUGCUAAGCAAUGAAAAUAUCCGAUAAACAAUUUGUACGCGUUUCAAACCCCAAAACUGUCAUUACAAAAAAUCAAGUUCAAAGACUUUACCUCGACAUGAGCAGAUUUGGAGGAGAAUUCUUGGAGAUUAUUGAUCAAAAAAUUAAAAAUAAUGUUCCUAAUAAUACAGUGAAGACAAAAGCCACAAUUUGGAAACAAUUCUCUGUAUUUUGUGCAGACAGAAAAUCUACACUGAAGAAGCCACAACUACGAGUGAAAAACCAUACUAUAUGACGUGAAAUGCCACACAUUUAAUUGUUUGAAAUUGGAAUGAAAAAAAUAAUCCAGCCAAAUACCCCUCGACCUUCAAAAUUAAUCGGAUAUUUCCCUCCAGUUUCCCUGCGUAGCACCGAUCGGGAUAAGAUUCGCAGAAAAACCCUCGCGCUUCGCGCUCGGGUUUUUUAACCUGCGAACCUUAUCCCUCUCGUUGCUACGCAACGAAACUCUCGGGAAAUAUCCGAUAAUUUUGAAGGUCUUGGGGUAUUACUACUGAAUAUACUAUUUUUGUGCGAAAUUUUUGUGAGUGAGGAGAAUCUUAGUCAUAUUUUUUUAUUGUGCCUUUUAUUGUACUUUUUGAGGAUUAAUAAAUACUAUUGGAUACUGGA